AGCGCAGAGUCACGGCAGCUCUAGAACUAAACGGAUCUGGCGACGACGAAGAUACAAUUUAUUAUUAUUUCGCCUACUACUACGCGAACAAUUUUACUCGUUUGUCACCUGGAUCCGGAUCCUUUCUCUGGCUACCAUAUUUUUUAGUGUUUAAUUGGAAUUGAGACGGGGUCGACCCCAUCGCUAGCGACGCCACUGUCAACAACUACAGCGGCGCAGGCAGAGACAGCGACUACUGUAGCUACAUACUUGCUCGCUCUGGUUGGUUGUGUGUUUGGCUGACUGCCUCGCUGUGGACGGAACGAAAGACAGGCGGCAACUAAACUAAAUUCAUGCAAGCGGCGGACGCAAGCGAUAUGAGCUGAGAAGUUGACGCGUACAAGUUCUAUACCGAAAUCAUCAUCGAAUGAAUAAAAAUAAAAAUUUCAAAUCCCAAUCUCUAAAGCGCUGCGCUCUGUGUGCCGUUGUCGUCGUCGUUGUCCAAUAAAACACACCACGGCCAACGAGAAAUAAGCGAAGCGAAUAGGCAAAGAAGGCAAAGUGGUGCGUUGACACACACAAGAAGAAGAAGAAGCGGCUGAAGUAGCAGCAGGCGCAAAGCAAGCGCUACAAAAGGCACAAAAACCAUUUGGAGCAGAAGGCAGGGCAUAUAGAUAGGCUAUACAUCAAUAUAUAUGUAUUUUUAUAUAUACAUAUAUAUCAAAAGAGCAGCAUCAUCAGGAUACAAUCGGAUAAAUUUAAAAAACUGCGAAAAUAACGCAGAUAUAAGUAAAAACAACAACAACAACAGCAGCAUCAUCGACUGAGGUGGAGUAGCCUCAAGCUUUGGCAGCUACCACUUAAUCAUAUAGCGAUUGUGUUAUACUCCUCAUCUUGUUGUUAUUGUGUUGCGUUGCGUUUUGUUGUUGUUGCUGGUAACACCAGCAGCUGCCCGAUCGGAUCAUCAGAAGACCAACAAAAAAGCUAACCAGAACAAAAAUGUCGAACGGCAAGGCCACGGCUUCAUUCUUUGAGAAUGGCAGCACCUCACAAUUCGAGUACUGCUUCAAACUUUAUCCGGAAGUGCUGAAGCUGAAGGCUGAAAAGCGCAGCAAGAAGCCACAGGAGCUAAUAAGAUUGGAUGCAUGGUACCAGAACGAGCUGCCAGGUUUGAUAAAGGCUCGAGGGAAGGAUGCGCAUAUGGUGUAUGAUGAGUUGGUACAGACCAUGAAGUGGAAACAAUCGCGUGGCAAAUUCUAUCCACAAUUGUCCUAUUUGGUCAAAGUGAAUACACCACGAGCUGUUGUGCAGGAAACAAAGAAGGCCUUUCGCAAGCUGCCGAAUCUGGAGCAGGCAAUCACAGCUUUAUCAAACCUCAAGGGUGUUGGCACAACAAUGGCAUCGGCCCUGCUGGCAGCUGCCGCCCCUCAUUCGGCGCCAUUCAUGGCCGAUGAGUGUCUGAUGGCCAUACCGGAGAUCGAGGGCAUUGACUAUACGACCAAGGAGUACCUCAAUUUUGUGCAGCACAUACAGUCAACUGUGGAACGUCUGAAUGCAGAGGUCGGCGGUGAGACGCCGCAUUGGUCGCCUCAUCGUGUCGAACUAGCACUCUGGGCCCACUACGUGGCAAAUGAUUUGAGUCCCGAGCUCCUUGACGAUAUGCCCCCGCCUGGCGUCAUCAACACAAAUGGCAGCCUGAACAAUAAUGGUGAAGAUACCAAUGAUGGCGUUGCUGUUGACUUGGACGAUGAAAGCUUGGGCGCAGCAGGUGGACGCAAUACUGCAACAGAGUCGGAGACCGAGAACGAGAAUACCAAUCCGACCACAUUGACACCACUAAAUUCCGGCGAACGUAGCACGCAGCUGGUCGCUAAGAAUAAUACCACUGCCGUGGGUGCAUUGCAAGAUGGCGACUCAAACUUUGUGUCCAACGAUUCCACAUCUCAGGAGCCGAUCAUCGAUGAUAAUACCACACAGACAACAGCUACUACAUCGACAGAGGAUGGUGAGCCUAUUGGGGGCACACCUCUCGCCUCAGACUCCGAAAGUAAUCUCGAGGCGCCGCCACUAAAGGCCAACAAUCAUUUGGCGACUGGAGGCGAUGCACAGCCUAUAAUGCAUAAUAACAACAGGCAAACCAACAACAAUGGUCAGAGCGCUGGAGAGCAGCUUACUCCCGGCUCAGUAGCUCCACAGCAGCCAAAUGGCAAUGGGAAUGGAGUGAUACCCUUGGCCGGGAGUGAUAAUGGCCCGAAUAGUGGGCAUUGUGGUGUGCGUAUUAAUGUGGGAGUUGUCGGUCAGGUGGUUGAGGAGGAUGAUGACGAUGAUGACGACGAUGUUGAUGAUGACGAUGACCUCGAUGAUGAAGAGGACGAUGAGCUAGAGGCUGAUGAGAGCAACAGCAGCAGUAGCCGUAAUAUGCGCGCCACAAACGCAAAUGCGUCUGCAUCGGCAGCGGCGAGCGCCAAUGUGGUACACAAGAGCCUCGUCGGAUCUGAUGGGACAUCGCUGACAGUGGUGCCAUCGAUCGGUCAGAAGCGUACGGUACUGCACUGCGACUUGGAGGUCAAUGCAAAUGCCGGUGUCGAUACAGACAGUGGCAAGUCGCCGGAGUUAAAGAAGCUGCGCAGCGACUGAGGAGGAGUAGUCGUUGUCAACGUCGUAUCUGGUGGAAAGACAUAUGUAUGUAGUGCAGUUGAGUUGAGUCGACACAGAGCAAGCAACAUUACCUACACUUUACCACAGCAACAUUCAAGAAAUUUUACUAUUAAGCAACUAAUUAUACAUACAUAUAUGAAUAUAUAUACAUAUAUAUAUUUAUAUAUCAAUAAACGAGAAGAAGCGCGGAGCCGAGCAGCGAAAUAAAAAACAAUGCGGAUAGAGAACCAGGAGAAAGAGCAACAGUAGCAACAUAAACCGUGAAACCGUAACGGAAAGAACCAUUUCAAUAGCAUAAGACAUAGUGCGGAUAUAGCUAACACACAUGUCUGUCAUCAUCUGUGGAAGAUGAUGAUGAGUCCCAUUUGCAGAGCGAUGCAUCACAAGGCACGCCAAGUUGAGAAAGCGAAAUAGUAACUACUCGUAAAUAAAGAAUGGAUACAAAACAACAAAAACAAAAUCAGAAAAAAUCGAUAUUUUUACACAGUCAAAAGAACAUUUAAAUAUUAAAUUUACAAAUGCCGCAGUUGCCCACUACAUACAAAAAACAAACAAAAACAAAAAAAGAGAAGAAAACAAAAAACAAAAAGGAUGAAAAACAAUAAUUAUAAUAAAAAGUAAUUUAUAUAAGUAUUUAAAUUUAACAAUAAAUCAAAACUUGUCGCAUACACAUCCUCCCAGGCAUAUAUUGCAUAUUUGCAUACUGUACACGCGCUCUCUCACACAUUCACCCACAAACACACACACCCUCGCACACACACGAUAAAAAGUAACAAAAAAGAUAAAGAAAAAAACUCAUUUCAACACUAAGAAAUUUUUGUGGUCGUAAUUGUAAUAAUAUAAUUUAUAAUUGUACAAUUUUUUUUUAAAAACUAUACAUAUACAUACUGAAUUUUAUAAUUUA